AUGACCCUUCGACCUCUCAUUGCCAUCUGCGGCACCACCGGUGUCGGAAAAUCCAAGCUUGCUAUUGAAAUAGCGCAGCAUAUCGCGAAGCAAGAGGCAUGGGAGGGUGCCGAAAUCAUAAACGCAGAUGCCAUGCAAGUAUAUACUGGCAUGGACGUGAUCACGAACAAGGUUACUGAAUCCGAAAUGCAAGGCAUAAAACACCAUCUUAUGGGAUUCAGGCAACCUGGAGAGCAGUAUGUUGUCGGCCAAUGGGUCCAAGAUGCAAUGAAAAUAAUUAACAACAUUCAUUGCGCUAAUAAAAUCCCAAUAAUCGUUGGUGGUACCUCAUACUGGAUCCAGCAUCUGCUCUUUCCGAAUCGCCUGUCUAACGAGGAGGUUACCGACAAGAAGGAGCCACAGAUUGCAGUCAUGUCAGAAGAACUUGCCCGUUCUUUUCAGGCUUUGCCACCAGAAUUGCAGGAUCUGUUCAACUCGUUUCCGGAACAACCACCUGUAGCCAGCGUUGACCCGGAACAGUCUCUGUCCCUUCAUAGAUUGUUGUCCGCUCUUGACGAACGCGUAGGAGCAAGAUGGCACUGGAAAGAUACUCGUAAAGUCCACCGAAGUCUUUGUAUCAUCAGGGAGACCGGGCGCAAAGCUAGCGAAAUGAUCAGUAACCAAUCUGGAAACACCGAAAUCCACAGUGUAAUACAAACAAGAUAUCGCGCCUUGUGCCUUUGGCUAUAUGCUAAACCCUCCAUGUUGCAUCCGCGACUCAAUUCACGUGUUGAUACGAUGAUAACACGUGGCCUUCUCGACGAGGUCAGGGCACUACAGGAUAUCGCAAUCUCCGGUCGACAAACUGUAACCAACGAAUCAUCCGCAGACUAUACCUUGGGGAUUUAUCAAUCGAUAGGAUACAGGGAAUUCCACAGCUACAUAUCCUCACCCGAUCCAAGCGUCGAUGCUUUCAACCUGGCUGUAGAAAACAUGAAGAUAUCGACUCGCCAAUACGCCAAACGUCAAGUUUCUUGGAUUCGAAAUAAGUUACUCCCUAUGAUAAAAGCUACCAAUGCUAUUGAAGAAACGGUCUUUCCCUACCUACUGGACGCUUCUGACGUAGAAGAUGGCUGGUCUCCAAAUGUACAAGCACCCGCUAUGCGAAUCACUGACGGUUUUCUCCACAGAAAUAUCGACCUGGAUCCUUUAUCCCUUUCUGAUGUCGCUCGAGAAAUGCUUACCAUUGAGGAGAAGGCAACGGACCCACUAUCUGUUCUCAACGCCCGUCGGAAAUUGAUAUGUGAAGUCUGCACCGCCAACAAGAACGAGCCGGUCAUGAUUGAGGAAGGACGAGAAUGGGAGAUACAUACAAAGACCAGAAGCCACAAAAGUUGCCUUCGAAAAGCAGCAGAAACGUCUCAAGCAUAUAGGUACGGGAAGAAGAUCGAACAGAUCGACGCGCAACCGUCUUGA